AUGUUAUCAACCAGUUUGGUUUCAAGUUUGCAAUUUCCAUUUGAUACUAAGAACUUGUUCAAAUUCAAUAACAUCCAAGAAGGAGAUAUUUAUCGUCAUUAUACAACUGUUCCUGAAGAUGAAUUGCCGAUAAAUUUAUAUCAAUAUCAAGAUUUUGUAAUAAGAGUUGAUUAUUCCGAUAAUAAAGAGUUAAAAAAGUUCUUACUCGAGACUAAAACUGCUAAAGAUCAAAAUCAAACCAAUGUAACGUUUAACAAAUGGGCUAAAAAUAAUCAUGGUAACUAUAUCGAUUUACAAAUUAGUGAAGAAAAUUUAAUCAAAUUAAUAGAAAAAUUCCCCACCAUAAAUUACAAUAUCAUUAUCGAAGAUUUAGCUCAAAAAAUCUAUGAAACUUAUCCAAAAAAUCAUCAUGAAUCUCUUAAAUUAGCUUCAACCGAUUCAAAAUAUAAAUUCAAAGCUACAGAAGAAAUAAUCGCAGAAUCAAAAGUAAAUGUAUUAUCAGAAUUAUUCUUUAAAGAAUAUAGACCAUUAGAAACCAUCGAAGCUUGGUUAGAUAUUUUAAAACAAACUUAUCCUGAUUUAAUUUCUUUUGAAGAUAUUGGUCAUACUUAUGAACAUAGAACUUAUAGAGUUGUCCAUUUUUCAGUGCCAAAUUCAGAUAUUGAACAUCAUGAAAGAAAAACCAUUGUGGUAACGGGGGGUGUUCAUGCCAGAGAAUGGGUAUCAGUAAGUUCAGUAUUGUAUACCAUCUAUUCCCUUAUCUUACAUUAUAAUGAAAAUCCAUCAUCCAAAAUCUUAUCUAAUCUUGAUUUCUUAUUCAUUCCAGUUUCAAAUCCUGAUGGAUAUGAAUAUUCUUGGAAAACUGAUAGAUUAUGGAGAAAAAACAGACAAGAAACCAUCUUUCCAAAUUGUUUUGGUAUUGAUAUUGAUCAUUCAUUUGAUUUCCAUUGGACAAAAUCUUCAGACUGGGCUUGCGGAGAAGAAUAUAGUGGAGAAUUACCAUUUGAAGCUUUUGAAUCACAAAUCUGGGAAGAGUAUCUUAAUCAAACCAAUAAUGAUCAUAAGAUCUGGGGUUAUAUUGAUUUACAUUCUUAUUCUCAAGAAGUUUUAUAUCCUUAUGCUUAUUCCUGCAGUGAACAACCAAGAGAUGAAGAAAACUUGAUUGAAUUAGCUUAUGGUAUUGCCAAAUCCAUUAGAUUACAAUCCGGAAAAACUUAUAAUGUGUUACCUGCUUGUAUAGACAAGGAUGUUGAUUUAUUACCUGACUUAGGAUCAGGAUCUGGUUUAGAUUUCAUGUAUCACAACCGUGCUUAUUGGGCUUAUCAAUUAAAAUUAAGAGAUAGUGGUAGUCAUGGUUUCUUAUUACCAGGUAAAUAUAUUGAACCAGUUGGUAAGGAAAUAUUCGCUGGUAUUAAAUAUUUCUGCUUAUUUAUUUUGAAUGACGAAUAG